CAAACCCAACCCCACGCACUCCUUCUUAGUCAACACAGAUAUGAUCUCUCUCACUUUCUCUCUCUCUCUCUUCUACCUAAACUACCAAUAUCACAAAAAAAAAGCAGUUGUGAUUAGGUUCACUUCCUCACCUCCAAAUUCAUAUAAUAACAUCGAUAUAACUAUGUAAAACUCGAAGUCCCAAACCCCACUACUCUUUCCUUCACAAUUCCAACGUUAACAAACAAACACAAACAUAAACAAUAACAGAAACCAUGUUUCUUCCACUGCUCACCUCAAUACUCUCGAACCUCAGCUCCCGGAGGCCACUGCUUAUAUAUGCCGCCACGUGGACAACCAUCCUAACGUUAACGGUAGCGGUGGCUUCGUUCGCGCCAGAAGUGGCCUUCGUGUCGGCGAUAUCUUCGACGUCUCGGUUCUCAAAACUGUGCGAGACGGAAGGGUCCGUUAGGUUGCCGUUAGAUGUGGCGGGAGAGAUCCUGUGCUUGCCAGCUCACCUGUUCGUUAAGUCGAAGGUUGAUUUGAUUGUCCCUCCGGUCUUUGCGGCUGUUGUGGUUGCUUGCUCUGCUUUUUUGGUCCGGGCCGUGGGCCUUUGGGAGCAAGAUCAGGCCCACUAAUCUUGUAGACCCGAUUAAAGAGAAAAAGAAAUUCACACCGUUUGAUUGAUUGAUCAGUUUGUGAUAGACGGUGGUGAUGUGAGUCUCGUUUGGAGAUUUUCGAGUUUUUUUUGGUAAGAUCUCACUUGCAGCCGCCAUGGUACUCUAUUUUAGUUUCAACUAUAUAAUUUUUUUUUUAAAUUUUUUAUUAUUAUUUUAAUUUUGGUGAUUGAAAAUUUGAAGCACUCUCGUUGUCAUGAGCAUAGCUUUGGGAUUUUGCCAAAUAUUUAUGAAAUUUUGGUAGCUCCCAAACUUUAUAUAUUUGGGGCCUUGAUGUAAGCAACUAUAAUCUAUCCCGUUAAUUUCCAAUGAAAUAUUGGAAAAAGCCGGUUGUUUUA